UAUAGUCAAAGCUUGCAUCUAUGCGAGGAGCAGAAAUUCUGUCUAUGUCUGCGAAAUGGGAAACAAGAUUUUUAGGGUUUUGACUCAGGAAUGGGCAAAUGUGUGAGGUACAGAUGCAUUCGGAAAACUUUACAGACUUGUAAGGUGCAAAUUACAGGGUAGAACGAACGGAGAGGAUUGUUUUGAUUAUCUUUCAUAUUUUAAGGAAAUCUUGAUGGUCGAAGUUAGCUCGGUCCAUCUCUGAGAGGAAACGCCGUUGCCGUAAAAACCUACACAUAAACACGCCUUUAAGGAACAACGCAGCUCUGUUGUACAUUUUCACAAAUCGGAAUUCCAUAUAAGCGGACCGAAAAUCUGCACGAUAGAGAACAUACGGAACCGUUGUAUUACAAGCUUCAAUGCUGUGAACUAAUGACUGUUAAAGAUAUAGACAGCAAAUAAAGUAUGGGUGCCGUUAAAACUUUAAACCCUAAAUCCACUUCAAAAAACCGUAAAACGUCAAAGGUUGACGUAAAUUCUCUGAAAGCAGAAGUUGCAUCAUUUGCCUCCUCACUUGGCUUGGCAUCAGCACCUGCUGCGACAGAUUCUGGUUUCAACGAUACCGAUUUCAGGAAAACUGGACCAAUCAAACCUCCAAAACCAGCUAAAAAUCCCAAUGAAAACCACUCCAAAAAGUUCUCUAAAGCAGAGGAAAAUGAUGGAAACCCGAAAGCAGCAAAGUCCAAACAAGAAAAAAGCAAUGCAAACCGUAAGUUUGCAAAGGGUAAUGGACGCAACAGGCAGGAGAAUAGCAGGAAAGAUAAUGGCUUCUUCAAAGGCCAAGGUCCUCCGCCUUUAGCAGAGAAGGAACCGGAUCGACAAAUUAGUGACGCUGCCAAAAAUUUAGCGAAGCUUCCUUUGAUGAAACCUAGUACAUUGUCGAGCCCGUGGUAUGCAGAUGCAGCUGCAGUGGAAGCCAAAUUGCUUCGGGCGGAGGGCGAAGGCUCUGCGAAACUGGCGGCUGAUUUUAGCGCAUCGGCGUGGGAGAGUUUGGUGCAGAAUAAAAGCGAGCGGGCUCGGCAGUUGAUGGAACAAUACGUUUCGGAGUACGAGGAGAAGAGUGAAAAGAACAGCAAUAUGCGUAUGGUGUCCAUGGCGCAGAAGUCGGGAACAACGGCCGACAGAGUGGCAGCCAUCACGGUUUUAGUGCAGGAUAAUCCUCUGGCCAACUUGAAGGCACUUGAUACGGUUCUAGCAAUGGUGACAUCUAAAGCUGGUAAACGUCAUGCUGCAGUUGGUAUUGAUGCAUUGAAGGAGUUAUUCUUUAUGAGUUUGCUACCAGAUAGAAAACUGAAAUAUUUGGGGCAGCAUCCACUUCAUGCUCUUGUGGAGUCAAGAGAUGGAAAUUCACUUCUGCUCUUUUGGUACUGGGAGGACUGCCUAAAACAGAGGUUUGAGCGCUUUGUGAUUGCUCUGGAAGAGGCUUCCAAAGAUUCACUAUCAUUUUUGAAGGACAAAGCAUUGAAGAGUAUGUUUGAUCUUCUGAAGACUAAACCUGAACAAGAGCGCAAGCUACUUUCAUCUCUUGUUAACAAGCUUGGAGAUCCAGAAAGGAAAGUGGCCUCAAAUGCUGGAUAUCAUUUAUCGUGUCUAUUAUCUGUUCACCCUAAUAUGAAGGCAGUUGUGAUUGAAGAAGUAGAUGUCUUUACUUUUCGUCCUAAUGUGGGGCUUCGGGCAAGAUAUCAUGCUGUUAUUUUCUUAAAUCAGAUACUACUCAGUAGCAAAGGAGAUGGACCUAAGUUGGCAAAGCGUCUGGUUGACAUAUAUUUUGCAUUAUUUAAGGUGCUGAUAUCCAAAGAUAACGAAGCAGAAAAAUAUGGAAAGAAUCGGAAAGGUUCUAAGGAGAAAGCAAAGAAUAUAUUAGACAAGAAAAAGAAGCCAGAGUCCUUGACUGAAACUCCUGUUGAAAUUGAUUCCAGGCUUCUGAGUGCACUACUAACAGGUGUUAAUAGAGCAUUUCCUUAUGUUUCAACUGAUGAGGCAGAUGAUAUCAUACAUAAACAAACACCUGUCCUUUUCCAAUUGGUGCAUUCGAAGAAUUUCAAUAUUGGGGUGCAAGCUUUGAUGCUUUUAUAUCAGCUUUUAGCAAAAAAUCAAACUGUCAGUGACCGCUUCUAUCGUGCUCUUUAUUCAACACUGUUGACACCUGCUUUAAUGAGGUCAUCAAAGACAGAAAUGUUGCUAGGUCUUAUGUUUAAAGCAUUGAAGAAUGAUAUAAACAUAAAGAGAAUUGCGGCAUUUUCAAAGCGCUUGUUGCAGGUUGCUCUUCAACAGCCCCCACAAUUUGCUUGUGCAUGUCUCUUACUUUUGUCUGAAUUGCUAAAAGUAAGACCUGUUCUUUGGAAUGCAGUUCUUCAGCCUGAGGAUGAUGAUGAAGACUAUGAACACUUUGUAGAUGUUAAGGAAGAAGAUUACCAAGUGACAGAAAAUGACAAAAAUACUAAUUCUCAGAGUUUAGAAAGCUCAGACUUUGGUCGCCUUGAUGAUUUCAUGAAAGAUGGUGCCACAAGUGAUUCAGAGUCCGAUGAUGGAGAAAAUCCUGUUCAUGCUUCCACUUCUGAAGAUGACAACAGUAAUGAAGAUGAGGACUUACUUGGAAAUGUCAUGACUAGUAAUCAACAAGCGAAGCAUUUUGAGUCUUCUGGAAACAGAUUAGAGAUGAAAGAUGGAUCUGAUCAACAAGGCAAAAAGAGUGUCUCCACAAAACCUGGAUGCUAUAAUCCUCGCAUGAGAGAGCCUGCUUAUUGCAAUGCAGAUCGUGCCUGUUGGUGGGAGCUCACAGCUUUGACAUCACAUGUCCACCCAUCAGUUGCGACAAUGGCCCGUACACUUAUUUUAGGUGCCAAUAUUGUUUAUAAUGGUGAUCCUCUUAGAGAUCUAUCGUUGGGAGCUUUUAUUGAUAAAUUUGUUGAGAAAAAGCCCAAGCCUAGCAAACAAUCAGAUGGGGAAUGGCACGGGGGUUCCCAAAUAGCCCCUGCAAGAAAGAUUCAUGUUGUGCCCCCUCUGGUGGGAUCUGACCUCCUUUCAUUGGCUGAAGAAGAAGUACCUCCUGAAGAUGUUGUUUUUCACAAGUUUUAUAUGGCAAAGAGCAGCUCAUCAAAACGAAAGCCCAAGAAGAAGAAAGCUAAGGAACCAGAUGAUGAAGUUGCAGGAGAUGAUCUCCUUGUUGAAGGUGGUGGUGAUGAUGAUGAUGAUGAUGACGAUGAUUUUGCUGGGGGUGAUGAAAGUGACAAUGAGGAAAUUGAUGAUUUAAUAGACCAAGAGGAUAUUGAUACACAAUCUCAGAGUGAUAGUCAAUAUGACUACGAGAAAUUGGAUGCUGUGCUUGAACGUGAGGAUGAUUCACUAUUGGCUGAUGACAGUGAAGGUGAGGUGGAUAUUGUUGAAGAUGUAUCUGAAGAUGACGAGACAUUUGUUGAUGAGGGUUUAGAUUUUGACUCAAUCAAAAAUAUUGCAGACAAUAUGAAAGGAAAGAAGAGAAAAACUUCAGAAAAACAUGGACUAUCUCCUUUUGCAAGCCUAGAGGAUUAUAGUCAUUUACUAGAUGAUAGUAGAAAUGUAAAUGAAAACCAUGGGACAAGGAACCCAAAAAGAUCAAGGAAAAAAAAUAAGAAGAAUGAUUUGGACAGAUAAAAUGCUAUCUCAUGUUUAUUUAGUUGUUGGAAGGAAUAUGAUAUAUGCCAAUUCCUGAUGGCUUGCUUUGUAAGAUUUUAAAGAACAAUUAUCUCAUGAACAGGUACGUUUAACUGGAGCAACAAAAGGUACUGUUAAAAGCUGUUGAUGGUUUAUUUUUUUGGCUUCUAAUAAUUUUUGCAAAGCAACAAUAUAUAGGUAAUGAGAGGUUUUAUAUUCAAAGUUUAAA